AUGUGUGGCACGGAGGGCGUGGUAGAUCGAUUAGAUCUUAAUUUCCAUCGCCCUGUUGCGUUCGAUCCCAUUCGUGCGUUUGGUAUGGUGAUUAGCGCGACCAAGAUGGUGAACGGUGAAAAGUUCCUGGAUACGUUCCGUGCCCCUUCCGUCCUUCUCUCCCUGGGAGGAUGUUUCCCGUUCACGGGGAUGUUCGGCUCGGAGCUCCGGUUUCAAGCUGUAUCGCUGCCCUCAUUCUAUUCCAUGGGAUUCCUCCUUUAUAUCGCCGUCGUUCUCUUUUCCAUCCUUCGGAGCAUCGUUACAUUCAUGCUCAAAGAGCGUCGUUCCUUUCAGAUGGUGCUCGCCGCUCUUCAAACGUCGGUCCGCAUCGUUUACCCCGGCGUCGUCGUUAUCUUUUAUUUCUGUUCCGGUCCGCGUAUUGCAGCAAUUUUCGCCCAAGUGGACGCUCUCACGCGAAAGCCGCGAAAGAGGGUCGCGGAGUUCGUAUUGCCUCUUCUCGUCCUUGUCGUUGUCGCCGCUUUGAAUUCCACCGCUGUCAUCAUCAUCGAUUUGAAGUUUCUGAUUCCUCUCUCUCUGACUAUGUCGGGGAUCGUCGUCGUUUUCAUGGCACUCCACCUUCGGAUCGCGUCCUUUGUUCGAGACAUCAUCGAAGACUUGCACGUACUCCAGAAAGAAUUGAAAGAAGAGGCGUUGCUCCAAUUGCGAGAAAAGUACGCGCAAAUCUGGGCUUUGACUUCCGAAGUGAAUGACGUCUUCGGAUGGCCGGUACUUGUAACCAUGAUGGAGGCAUUCUGCGUCAGUUUCACUGAGCUCUACCAACUGUUGACUCCCGGUCAACAGGGGAUCCCCCAAUUCCCAAUCGUCAGCAGCCUGGCCCUCUCGGCCGCUCUCGUCCCAUUCGUGGUUCUCAUCGAGAGUUCUCAUCAUCUAUGUCGAAAGAUUGGGGAACUGGAAUGCCGACUCUUGGCUCUUCGAACUGGAUACGCAGAAUCUCCUGGGAUACGGGAAUUCUCUCGGGCUGUGAAGGACCUCCCCGUGAACAUCUCCGCAGCUGGUGUUGCUCGAGAGUUCUGCCUGGCGAUAGACGAAUGCAAGAUGCAGGUGAAGGCAGAUAAGUUCAUGGACACAUUCAGGGCCUCCUCCGUCCUUCUCUUCCUGGGAGGAUGUUUUCCCUUUACUGGGAUAUUCCGCUCGGAGCUCCAGUUCCAGCUCGUGUCCUUCCCGGCCUUCUAUUCCAUGGGAUUUCUUGUUUAUAUGACCGUUGUCCUCAUUUCCACCCUUUGGAAGGUGCUUCGCUUCUUGUUCGAAGCGCGCCGUUCUCUCGAGGAAGUGGUCACCACGCUUCAAUUCACGGUUGCCAUCACCUACGCCUGGGUUGUCAUUGCCUUCUUUCUGGUCUCGGGUCCGCGAAUCGAGAAAAUCUUCGCAAAGGUGGACGACAUUCCGAGGAAACCGCGGAAACGGCUCCAGGAGUUCACGUUUCCCCUUGCUGCAGCCUUAGUCGUCUCUCCUUUGCAUUUCGCAGUCGAAAUCCUCAUCGGUUGGGAGUAUCUCAUUCCUUUGACUUUGGUCAUGUCUGGGAUUGCCGUAGUUUUCAUGGCACUCCUUCUUCGGAUUGCGUCAUUCCUUCGAGAUCUCAUCGAAGACAUGCAUAAUCCCGAAGGAAUAUUGAACGAAGACGCAUUGGCCGAAAUGCAAGAAAGGUACGUGAAAAUCUGGGCGCUGACUGCCGACUUGACGGACGUCUUCGGAUGGGCGAUACUUUUGACGCUGGGGGAAGCCUUCUUCAUCAGUUUCUCUGAGCUCUACUUAUUGAUGCAGUCCGCUUUGUGGGGGACGCCUUCGUCACGAAUCCUCCUCAGCAGCCUGACAGUCGCGGCCGCCCCCAUUCCAUUCUUCAUCAUCAUCGAAUGUGCCAAUCACCUUCUCCGAAUCUCCGGGGAACUGAAAUGCGGACUCUCGGCGCUUCGAUCCGAUCACCCGGAUUCCCCUGGGAUCCAGGAAUUCGUGAUUGUUGUAAGGGACGUCCCCCUGAGGAUCUCCGCUGCGGGGUUCAUCCGUCUCCAUCGGCCUCUUUUCGUCUCGUUCGUGCCGUUCAUGAUCGAAAUUUUUGCAAACGCCAUGCUGACUUACAUGGUGAUCCUGCUGCAGUUCGGGACUUCGAAAGAAACCAUCACAACCCCUUCUACACCAUGCGCAAGCUGCUAG